AAUGUUGAAAAGCAAGUGAUGGGCAUAUGAUCUAACUCGCUUGGUUCCUUCCUUGUUGCUUGUCUUGCCAUUUUGAGGCCGAUAUCACGUGUAGCAGGCAUCGAAACGAGACGAAACGCGUAGUCUGCAACUUCAUCUCCCCACCUUAUCCCAGGUUCAUACACUCCACCAACUGCAUCAUCUAUGCCAUCAAACCUUGUAUCUCUUCCCCUCUUUUCGGUCUCGAACAUUAAUACCCCAUUGGUGGGUGUGUGGCAAUUCACCACUUGGAGACAAAGCCUAGCAGAACCCUAUUCUCAGGAGGCUCCAUCGAUACCAUCGACUAUGGCCCUGUUAGCAACCCAGAAUGUCAGUAAAUUUAGAACUAUUAAUAGGUUUUUGAGCUGCCUAGAUUGUGACUUUCACGAUCCCGGCAGAAUUAAGGCAAGGGGCUCCCCCUUCUGGGAGUUUGAUGGUGCGAGUUUGUGCAUACAGUUCAACUGCCUGCUGUUGGAGGGGGUCAUUUCGAUAUACGACAGCUGAAGCACAUCGAUCUACACUUGAACUCCUGUAAAUGCUUCUAUGUGCUGACGCUGCAUAUGAGUCAUGGUGUGUGGUGGUGAUAUAUCUAUCCUGGA